AUGGCACCCGCAAUCAUGAUCGACAAUGAAGCCGAUUUCAAUCCGGUUGUCUCUACCACAAAGCCCUCCUCCUCCUCUAGCCUGCGAACUCUGCUCCUCGCCCCCCCUUCUAUCUCCAGUCAUGAGGAGAAUCUUCGCAAUAUCCUCGCAUCCCAUGACCGCUCUGUUACCGACUUGCAAAUGCUCGAUCGCUUGUCUGCGGGGCUAGUCACUCUCCCUGACUCGGCCUACGAUUUGGUCCUCAUCCUCACCGACGCAGAUGGCACGAGAACCGAAUCUACGCAAUUGCUUAGUCGAAAUGUAUUUGAUCGCGUUGUGAAGGCAUUGAAGGGCUGGGGAAAGCUGCAAACACAAGAUGGGACUCUGGGACAGGAUCGUCACAACGGGGCAGAGAUUCACGAGCUAAUCUUAGCUGGACUGGUUGCCGAUGGUACUUCCUGGGUUAAGCCGGACUAUGGCGUGCACGGAUUUGUUUCUCUACGAAGCAAGGGUAAGGGUGCUGUCUCUGAUGCUGGUCCUCCCGUGGCAACUACAACCGUUCAGGUCAAUGGCAAGAGAAAGAGUGUAGACAUGACUGGAACCAAGCCAGCUGGAGUUGGAUUCGUCGAUUUCGGCGACGACUUUGGAGAACCUAUCAUUACUGGGGAGGAUGACGAUGAUGAUGAGUUGAUCGACGAGGAUACUCUACUCACUGAGGAGGAUCUCAAGAGACCUGCCAACGUCCCACCUGAGUGUGUCCCACGAGUAGGCAAGCGUCGCCGAGCAUGCAAGGACUGCACCUGCGGUCUCGCCCAGAAGCUUGAGGCCGAAGAUGCAGCCAAGAGAGAGGCCGCAGACGCUCAACUCAAGACGCUCAAGCUUGACUCCGAUGAUCUGGCUGAAGUUGACUUCACGGUCAAAGGCAAAGUUGGUUCGUGUGGUAACUGCAGCUUGGGUGAUGCUUUCCGUUGCGACGGUUGUCCUUACAUCGGCAUGCCAGCUUUCAAGCCUGGUGAGGAAGUUAGACUUUUGAGCAAUGACGUUCAACUGUAA